AUGAAUGAGCAUGGCGAUGUCAUCAUUGAGAUGCAAUUUCUAGAAAAAAUACCACGUACUACCUUGGACAACUUUUGGAGUACAUAUGUUGUUCCACUUCGUUUCCUUGAAGAACUUCCCUCUGUUGUGUUGUUUAACAAUCUGAUCUUUACGCAUAUUCAACGCAACGGCGUUAUACUCCUGGCGACUUGCUGUCGAGAAGGGUCCGCCUUAAUUUCAUUGGAGGUUUUGAGUCUUAUUGCCAAAGUCCUAAAUGUAUACCUCAAGAGCCUUUCUGAGGCCACGUUACGCAAUAACUUCUCCUUAGUUUACCAGCUGCUACAGGAGCUUCUGGAUUACGGAUACCCUUUCCAGACUGAAAUUUUCGCGCUAGAGGAGCUUGUCCCGAGACCCACAUUAGAAAACAAGGUUCUCUCGAUCUUAGAAAGCCCUAUUUUCGGCAAGGUUGUUGGCAACACCACUGCGACCACCACUUCGGGGGCGUGGCGCUUUUCGCAGCAGUGCCGUCGGCCGUGGCGUGGUCCUUCCACUAAGAAUACCGCGAAUGAAAUCCUUUUUGAUGUGGUUGAGCGGUUAGACUAUAUUAUGGACGCCGAGGGCCGCAUGAUCAAGGCCUCAGUGCGGGGUUCCAUUGAAGUCAACUGCCGCUUGAACGGCGUACCGGACAUCCAGCUUCGUCUUGUUAACGCAGAUGCCGUCGAUGAUGCCGGAUUUCACCGUUGCGUUCAGCAUCUGAAACGUCGUGGGGACUACACCCUAAGUUUUGUGCUGCCGGAUAGUAAGUUCACCUUGAUGCAGUACACCUGCCGUCCGCAGUCGAUGCCGGCGCUCCCAGCACCACCUUUCUAUGUCACCCCACAGGUUAGUUUUCAUGCUACGGGGGGUCGUUUCAACUGUAUGGUUGGGAUUCGCGGUGGCCCUGCACACUCCCGGAAUCAGGAAAGGGAAGUUCAGGAUCUGAAGGUGGUGCUUAUGCUACCACCGCGCACGACUUCCCUAACGGUGACCAACUGCACGUUGGGAAGCACAAGCUUUGAGCGCCUCCGUAGCGUAUUGACGUGGUCUGUGGGCAGCGUGAGACGGCACCCUGCUUCACUUCAGGGGGAAUUUAGUCUUGAAUCUCCGGAGAUGCGGGCCACAGUGGAGCAGUUGGAGUCCUUGAAGGACGGCACAAAGGUGGGCAGCAAACCUGAGGGUCCAAUGCCAUACGUAGGGGCAAACGUGCUAAUCAGUUUUCACAUCCCGAACUAUUCUGUAAGUGGUUUACGUGUGGAAUCUGUUCACAUUCUUAACGAAAUCGGUAAGCCUUAUAAAGGAGUCAAGUACAUGACAGAAGGGGGAAAUUUUCUGAUCCGUGGUAUUUAG